ACAAACAAGCAGUUAAUUACAGAUGGGGUGAAGUUAUCCACAAUGGCCUUGGUUAACUUCUCCAUUUAUGGCCUACCAUUGUGUCCCCUUGGCGCUGCCUCUGCCUUUCCUUAUGUAAGAAAAUGCUGCUCCACAUGCCUCCAGCUGCCAAGAAAUCUGUAUUGGGCAGACUUUUAAAAGCUAAUCUCUAACUGGUCUAGCUGCAGGAUUUUCCCAAUUUUAAAGACAAUAACGAUGGGGGCUCGAGCGAUGGAAACAACUCGGGAACUGGAAAGCACCUCUAUAAAGUAUCAAAUAGGAGGACACACAGAGAAAAUGUGGCAACGGCUCAAAGGAAUAUUAAGAUGCUUGGUAAAGCAACUGGAGAAGGGUGACAUUAAUGUGGUGGAUUUAAAAAAGAAUAUUGAAUAUGCAGCAUCUGUCCUGGAGGCAGUUUAUAUUGAUGAAACCAGGAAGCUUUUGGACACUGAGGAUGAGCUCUCUGACAUCCAUUCGGAUUCGGUCCCGCUGGAAGUGCGGGACUGGUUAGCUUCUACGUUCACAAGGGAAAUGGGAAUAGUGAGGAGGAGACAUGAAGAAAAACCCAAAUUCCGAAGCAUUGUGCAUGCUGUACAGGCUGGGAUUUUUGUAGAAAGGAUGUACCGAAGAACUUCUAGCAUGGUUGGUUUGGCUUACCCAGCAGAUGUGAUGGUAACAUUUAAGGAUGUUGACAAAUGGUCCUUUGACGUAUUUGCCCUAAAUGAAGCAAGUGGAGAGCACAGUCUGAAAUUUAUGAUGUAUGAGCUGUUUACCCGAUAUGACCUUUUGAGCCGUUUCAAGAUCCCUGUUCCCAAUCUUAUUUCAUUUGCUGAAGCUCUUGAAGUUGGUUAUAGCAAAUACAAAAAUCCGUAUCACAAUUUGAUCCAUGCAGCUGACGUUACUCAAACUGUGCAUUACAUAAUGAUUCACACUGGUAUCAUGCACUGGCUCACAGAACUGGAAAUUUUAGCAAUGAUCUUUGCAGCUGCCGUCCAUGAUUAUGAACAUACUGGGACCACAAACAAUUUUCAUAUUCAGACAAGGUCAGAUGUUGCAAUAUUGUACAAUGAUCGUUCUGUUCUUGAAAAUCAUCAUGUAAGUGCUGCUUAUAGACUCAUGCAAGAAGAAGAGAUGAACAUCCUGACAAAUUUAACCAAAGAUGACUGGAGGGAAUUGCGUAGCUUGGUCAUUGAGAUGGUCUUGUCUACAGAUAUGUCAGGUCAUUUUCAACAAAUUAAGACGAUGCGACAUACUCUACAGCAGACAGAGGGGGUAGACAAAGCCAAAGCCAUGUCUUUGAUUCUACAUGCAGCAGACAUAAGCCAUCCAGCAAAAUCCUGGGAACUGCACUACCGGUGGACCAUGGCCCUGAUGGAAGAAUUUUUUCGACAGGGAGACAAGGAGGCUGCUUUAGGUCUUCAAUUUUCCCCACUCUGUGACCGCAAGUCUACUUUGGUUGCUCAGUCUCAAAUAGGUUUCAUUGAUUUCAUAGUAGAACCAACAUUUUCUCUUCUUACGGACUCGAUGGAGAAAAUUGUUAUGCCUCUUAUAGAGGAAGCGUCAAAAUCUGAAAGUCCUGCACUUGGGGCACCCAGCCAAAAUAGUUUGGGAGCAGUAAGCAAUGCUGAAGCACAAAGACGACCCGGUUUUAAAAGUACAAGUGAUGGAGGGACUCACACUGAAAAUUCUCUAGCAACCGUAGACCUAACAAGCUUUAAGGCCAACUUGAUGAAGAUCAUACAAGCAAACAAAGAAAGAUGGAAAGAAUUAGCAGUAGAAGAAGAACUUGUGAAAAAUGAUGGUGAACAGGAAAAAGAACAAAGCAGAAAUUCCACAGAUGCACAGUUACAGGAAGAGACAACAAGGAUACAAAAUGAGAGUAGUCAGGGAAGCGAUGGUACAACUUGUCCUCCCAGAUCCAUCGUCCUACAAGUAGUCUCUUUCGACACUCCUCUGAGUGAUGAAUCCAACUCAGAAAAAUGCACUAACUCUGAUCCGAACCAGAAAGAUCUCACCGAUGCCCAGCAAGAAACACAGAAUACAGACCCACUGAAUGGUGAGCCUAAACACUGUAAGAAGUCAGAAGAUAUACUAAAAGCCACGGAGCAGAAAGAAGCACUGAUAGAGAACUAGAUUUGACAUUUCAUAAAAGCUUCUGACAUUUCAGACAGGACAGGAGAAAAGAACUCUAGCUGUUCCUACCCUGUGCUCUCAGAGGCUGUUAUCUGUCAGCUUGUACUUGGAUCAUUCUGUUUCUGUGGAGAGUGAUUGGACAAAAUGAUCAAGAGUGCAAAAUAUAAAACCCUGCGCUGGCAACUCAAGGCACUUAACAACUUGCAAGAUUUCAGUUGUAUUUGUUGUUGCUAUUUCCUCUUCUGUACUGCUUUCUUAAACUAGCCAAAAUAAUUCUUCUGCCAAAGUUGGACAUCGCUUUAUUGCAUCACUGACACCAGACAUUUCCAGUUAACCAUGAGCUGUUACAUGUCACUGCUACUGGCAUCCAAUGCAAAUGGGAAGUCAAAAUGAAAUAUUAUUAUAGAUACUUGUUCAUGCAACCAUGCUGCAUGCAAAAUAAAAGUCCUACUUGUUAGCUUCCUUAACAUAUCUGGAAAUAAAAAUAUGUAGACUGCACAGGGAAGUUGUGGAGUUAUGCUGACCAGCCUGCAUGGCUGUCAUAUGGAGAUAACUGGUGUUUAACAAAUCAAUAUUUGAAAUAUCUCUUUAAAAUUAAUUCAAUAGCAUCCAAUAUUAAAAUUCAAACAUUCUCAGCCCUACAGUAUUUUAGAAGACAUCCAAAAUGGUGUCAGCCCUACCAUGAAGUUGGUGCUUAUUGUUUUGUAGGGCGAAAGAGACAAUGACAAAUAUGAAAAUAUAUGUCAUGUGAAAUUUUGCUUCAGUUCAGCAAAAUAUUGUGUUGCCUCUCAGGCAGAACUGUAAGGUGACUCUGAGGCCUCAUAGCAUGGUUUGUCUCAAAUGCAGUGUGGAUCCUCCAAAAUCUUUGCUAGUGUUUGUCUCAUUAAAAGAAAACACCAGGCCAACUUUCUCUGAGAGGCUGUGAAAGCAGAGCACGCAGGCAGUUACCUCUGCAAGAAGCCUCAGAAUGAGCCCUCCAGCCCAAACUGUGUUCAGCAAGAGAGAACUUUCAUCUCCACUUCCCUCAAGCUACAUGUGACCCCUUCUGGCUUGCCUGGGCAUCUCGUGCAGCUGCAGGCAACCUCAUUUCCCUCUGCUGGAACCUGCCAGGAAACUUGCACGCUCCCCUUUGCAUUGUAGGCGCUCAGGAGGCUUGGGUCACUGCAUUCACAGUUCUCCUUUUUGGACCCUGUGGUUAUUACCUCACUGACCGAAAAUGUCUUUACUAUCAGCCAUGGUCCACUCUGAAGAGGACUCAUGGGGAUGGUGACAUUCCCCUCUUUGCAGAGGCUGAUGAAGGAUUGAGACCUAUGUGCUAUUCAUCUGCUGCUUCAGGGAUCUUACCAGAGCUCAACAGGCAUCAGGCUCAACCUCAACAGGGGCACACUUUGUCCCGAUCGAAGAAGGAAUCGUAAAACCUAGACUGAGGGAUCACCCUAGACUGAGGGAUCCUUACACAUCCACACCUGGUGACUGUCUCCUUCCUGACAGUGGAGAAAUUGAGCUGUGGACAGUGCAAGCUCCAAGCCCUGCGGUAAGGGCAUGCCAAAAGGUGGAAUUCCUGUCAUUGAAUAUGUAAGCCAUAUACACACUAUGUAUAAGUAGUGUGCAUAGUUUUAACUUAAGAAAUGGUUGUGCAUAUAGGAUGUAAAAAGUGCAUUUAAAUUGUUUUGUGUAUCUGGUCCAGGGCUUGUAUUUAGCAUGGACAAAUUCUGUACAGUGCAGUUAACGAAUGAAAUGUUAACAAAUGAAAUUGUAUCAUAUAUGUUAUAAUGCAAUCAAUAUUUUUUGCUAAGAGUUAAGAAUUUAUAUAUUCUCUGCUAGUGUCUGAGCAAAUCAUUAGUAGCCUGGACCACUCCAUGCACCUUGCAUCCUUUUGGGGAACGUUGGACUCUUUUUCCGCCCCCCCCCCCCCCCUUCAAUAAAAUGUAAACCAUCUUAUGGCUUCUUCUUGUCAUUAUGACAAGAGAAGAAACAUAAUGGUCAUCGCAGACUUCUUUUUAAUUGUAAAUUGUAUAUGCUGUGGCAGUGGAAAAUCUUCUUGUUUAUGAUCUGAGAAUUUGGGACCUUAUUUCAGGUAUGCUUAGCAUCUGCAGUUCCCACCAAAUUUGAAAAGAACAAAAGAUGACUGAUAUCUUAAAAAACUAGGCCAGUUAGGUAUCUGUUACAGAGUGGUCUUCAACAUUGUAAUUUAAUGUUCACUGAGACUGAAAGUCUGGAGCAAUCAGAAUUUAACAUUUUUAUAGUAUUUUGAAUUUCAGACUUUUACGAUAGCUGAACUUGACUUCUUUUUCUGUGUCUCUGUCCCAUCAUGAUUUAUAUACUCUGCAAGAUUUUCUCCUGGAAAUACAAGCAGAAUUUAUAACAGAUUCUGCAGAGUACUCGGAGCAUCCUGUGGGGCCUUCAGUGUCCUGUUAUCAUAGCUGUCACCAAGAUCUCCCACUGCAGAAACUAGGAGCUCCUGAUCUCACAGGAGGUACUCAUUGCCUGCAGAACUCAUUCAUUAAUAUAGAAAUGUAAUUUGUGUAUAAAUAAUCCUAUUUGCUCAUUUGUAUUCAGUUUUAAUCACUGUGGUAGAUGUUGCUGAAAUACAAGAAGAAAAGUCCUUAGUUUUUCUUUAAUGCCAGCUGAUUCUCUUUCUUUCUUCCUUUGUUCUUAGCAAGACUUUACCUGGACGUGACCCAAAGCUUAGCAUGUUGUUUGGAUGAGGAGGAAUUUUCUCUGGUGGAGAAGGCUGAUAUUGCCAACAUGUGUUAAUUAAGGCUUUGACCUUGGGUGAAAUUCACGUUCAGGUGGCAGAAACGCCUCUUGAGAGGGCCUCUCCCUGAACAACAGUUUAUCUUUGAAAUCUGUAAGGCUGCGCUACCAAAACACUGCAUGGGGCCAUAAAAAAUGGUGUUUGUAUAUGCAUCUCUCCCACAGCAUUAUGGGCAUGUACCCCUGCAUUGAGCACACUGAGGAGCUGUAGCUAUAGAUUAGCCCUCAAGAGUCUUAUUUUGUAUUUUUAUCUUGAGAUAUCUGACAGAUAUAUUAUGUAAUAUUGUUAUGGGUUAUGAUCUGACAGUAUUUUUUUAUUUAAUUUUCAACAAGGCAAUCUAAAACUGUGUGUUUUUAUUCUGCUGUAUUUGUCCGUAUUUCUUAUGACGAUAUUCCCAAAUAAAUAUGAUUUGAGGGCAA